AGGAAGCAGAAAGAAGAAGGUACAUCAUGUUUUGCCCUGAAUGUGGAAAUCAGGUGGAAAGAUCAUAUAAAUUUUGUCCUGAAUGUGGCUUCAAACUAUUUCUCUUGAUUCAAAAAGGUGCAGAAGAUGUCUCUAAGUCAUCAAAUCAACCUUUAGUCUCUGCUGAAGAGAAGAGCCAAAAGGAGGAUCAGGAUCAAGCUCCAAAAGAUGUUACAAGAGCACAAGAAAAUGCUGUCCAGAAAGAGGGGCAGCUGGCUAGUGAUGACAAAGAACCAGCCAGUGAUGGCACUACUUCACAAGACAUAUCAGAUAAAACUACUUGCCCCGCCACUCCAGAAAAAGAAGCAACAUCCUCCACAGGCAACCCAGCAACCUUAGUUGAAGAGUCAUUCCCCUCCGUCACUGAGAGUUGGAAGGAGGAAGAGAAGACGUCCGCUUCAGCCCCUGAGAGUAAUUCUAAACUGUGCAGUGAGGCAGUCCCUGUUUCAAACCUUUGUGUUUCUACAACACCUCCCUCCAGCAUACAUGCCAGUGACAAAAAAGAGGUUCACCCAGAUCUUGGAACAAAUGACAGUCAUAAUGCACUUCAAGAUCCUGCCAACAAACCAAGUGGCAUUCCUUCUACAUCUGUGUCUUCAUUAACAUCAGGUAAAGAAAGAGGCACAACUUCAUCUGAGCCAUCUGAUCAAACAACUCAAAAAUGCGAUUCACCGUUAAAGAGAGCAGCCUCAAAUGAAGAAAAAGAAGUGGCACAAAAUCUUACUGAGGGGCCAGAUGGUAAAGAUAACUGGCUAGACUGUUUUCAGAAGCAGACUGCUAGUGAUGAGCUAAGGUCAGCCAAAGAUGGUGCUAUACCCCAGGACACUUCAGGUAGCACUGCAAGCCCAGCCACUCAGAAAAAAAGAGCCUUGCCCUCAUCAUCCAGUGAGACAGUCAGUGAACCAAGUGUCACCCAAAGUCCACAAGUCACAGCACAGCAUUGCAAAGAGGUAGAGAGGCUGUCUUCUACAGCCCCUGGGAGCACCCUUCAGCCAUGCAGUGAGACAGCUUCAGUACCAAACCCACCUGUUUCCAAGUCUUCUGGCGCAUCUGUCAGUCAUAAACUGACAGAGCAACAAACAGAGACCGCAGAUAUACGUACAAAAGGGAGUCCUGAUGAGGUGCAAAUACCUGCCGACAAGCCAAGUGACAUUCCUUCUGGGCCGUUGCUGAACUCUGCAUCAGUGCCAGUAACAACUGAAGAGGCCACUUCAACUAUUCCCAAAACGACUAAACAAAGGCCUCAAAAGUGUGAUUCAGAUGAGACAACCUAUCAUGAGACACAAAUUCUCUUUGGGGUGCAAGAUGAUAAUGAAGAAAAGCAAACUGUUGUUAAACCAUCGGACAAGGAAGAGGACCAAGCAGACAGAGAUUCUACUGAUUCACGCCCAGAAACAAAUACAGCUACAAGGACUGAGGCAGUUGUUACUAAAUCAAGAGAAAGAAAUGGCAAACCAGUGGCAGAGAGACAAGAAGAGCAGGCAGAAAAUAAAGAUGUUGCUAAAUACACUUCACCAAAGCCCUCUUGCCCACCCAGCCAGGCUGGAGAGAAGCUGGGUCCUCAUGUGGCAGCAACUAUCUUGGAAACACACUCCCAACUUAAGGAACAUCAAACCUUACCAAGAAGUGAGUCCAUACCUGUGUACUUCCAUGCUGUCACUUCAAAAGAUUUGGAUCCAGAUGAUAAGAUUUUCCUAAUGUCUAAAAACUCGUCAGGACAAUGGGGAGUCAUCACAGAAAUGAACUUUACUACGAAACUGGGAGACAAACGAUAUCUUGUUGUAGGUCAGACUAGGGUCUCCAAAACCCUAGUACAUCAUAGCAUACCCUACAAGUACUUAAUCUGCAAGAACAGUAAACAAGGCAACAAGGAAAUGUACGAGACCCUCUACAACAAAGAUGGAAAUCAAAUUGUAAACAGGUGCCUGACAAUCAGAGAGGAACUUCUAACACAUGAAGGGGAAUGGCACCAAUAUGAUGACAUGAUCCAUUCCGAACUGAAGAAGGGGUUCUGGUCAGGGACUAAAGACUUGGUAAUGAAAGGGAGAGACCUAGCGGGCAGUGCGAUGCUGAACAUCAUUUUUGACCUUCUCUCAUCUUGGAAUGGACCAAACGUGGACAACUUCUUUAUCCUGCUGCGACAGUUCUUUUUUACAUACAGCAAUCCCAUACUUCAUGAUGGCAUGGAAAGAUCAUGGGGAAUACAGUACGGUACUGAAGAGGUGAAAAAUCUUCUCAAACAUUCUCUUGAUGAAAACCUCAAUCCCAGGUCUGGAAGGAAAGGAGAAUGCAUAUUACCACCUCUUCAUGCUGGAGUUGUUAGGUUGAUCAUUUACAGGGAGUAUCUGGGAGAGGACAUGAAACAUCAGCUUUCCAGUCUGUGUGAUCUUCUUUGCUUGCCAAAGAAGCCACCACACCACUUCAAACCUUUCUGGGAAGCCUUUUUGAGCCCUUUACCAGAUAGAAGCAGAAUUGCAGAUGCUGUUGAGCAACUCUGCAACAAUGCUGAAAAACACAAUGUUGAAAAAUGGUUCUUGGUCAUCCCUCUGAUUCAUCUGCUAAGAGGAGAAAGCAAGCCAUUUGAGCCAGUUCCACCAGUGUCCAAUCCACAGUUUGACUCCUGGACAUGCUUAAAGGGGGGCAAAGGAACAAGGGACAGUUACGCAAGGAGCAUAAUCCAGAUCAUGAAAGAGCAUGUACACCUGGCAUACAUUGAUCGUCUUCUUGUGCGAUCUUGGAUGUUUCUGCUCCGUUUGGAUGAUUUGAAAAGCUUCAUAGAAAGUGCGCAAGUGGAGCUCCUAGACCUACUUCAGCACCUCAGUGUAAAACUUGAAAUAACAUUCACAAACUACAAGGCUUUGAAAGAAUUGGCAUCUCAUCUCAUCAGCAAACUAAGUAACCACACUCAAAGUUUUGAUGACCAGUAUGGAGAGAGUUGCUUGAAAACUACAGGAAGGCUGCUUGAGGUUAUCUGCCGUCACUUAACUGAUCCACAAUACUGUGAUGUUCCUCUUGACUUCCUUGAUCUAUUCUGUCAGAUUGCCAAGUCAACAGAGAAAAUUAAAGACGAACUAUUUUGGGACACAGUGGAAACAAUAAGGAAAUGGCGUAGAACUACCUUUGGAAGUAAACUACUUACUGCAUGGGCUCAUGUAGAGUUCACUGUUCCCUGUGAGGUCAAGGUAUGGGAGAGGUUACUCUCACUAUCCUUUAGUCAUGAAAAACACACAGAGUCUUGGAGGAUGACCUUCAUGGAUGAUUUUGAAGGAAAACUAAAGAAAGAAAAACCAGUUGAUCAAAUUGGAAUAUACUCUAACAAGAUGGAAGAACUGAGCAAGACAAGCCCAUUGCUAUGCAGUGCAAUGGAGAAAUGUGCAUCAGAGGCUACUGAAGCCAUUUGCCAGGAUAAUUCCCGCAGAGCUGUUUCAGAGCUGAUGAGGAAACACGAUAUCACAAAGUUUGGGAAGCUGAUGUCUAUUGUUGUGCUGAAGACGUGGCCCAAAGAUGCAAAUGGGCAUGACACUGAAGGAGAGGACUUAAUAUUUGAGCACCUAAUCAACUGGCCUAUGGCAAAAACUAUCUUUCAAAUGACAGGAAGAGGAGGAUGGCUGAUUGAUCGACUGUCAGAUGAAGCACAAACCAAAAUGAUUCUGACAAGUUCGGCUUUUAAAUCUGUGACCAAAAAGUUCUUCAGUGGAGAGAUCCAGAUGAAAACUUUAAACCAAAUCUUCCUGAAAGACCGCGAGUUUGUUGACUUGCUGAAAAUAGAUGGACUCUGUGAUGAUGAUCGUUGUAAAGAUGACAGAAACACAAGAAGAUUGCUGAGACGGAGAAAAGAUGAAGCAGAUGCCAUCCAAAGUGAGAAGGACCUGGUCAAGAGUCUUGUACAUAUCUGUCAGGAGCUUCCAAAUCGUGUCAAAGUUGACUUUGAGGAUUUGGACAAAAAACUUCACCAGAACAUUGAGGUGAUGAAUCUUAACGAACUGGUCAAUGCUUCCACUCUUGAUAGACAGACAUCAUCUGAAAUUGAUGUCACUUAUUUUAAGCUGUGUGAGAGCACUCGUCAAAUGGCAUCAGAAGUAGAUGUCAUUAAAGACAGUGCACUCUUCAGAAUGUGCUGGACAAACCAAGUAGAAGAUCUGUCAAGAGAACAGUCUGAUACAGAGGACACUGAACAUCUUGCUGGAGAAGAAAUCUACACUCUCGAUCAGGUCUACAGCAAAAUAUUCACAAGCUGCUACAGCCAGUACAAAGCUCUUUAUGAUGGUCUGAAGAGUGGAGAGCUGUUACUGGAAGAGUUAGACAGCAUCAUGGAGGACUAUAAAGGAACUUAUGAAGAUCUGAAAAAAGAUUUUGGCAUCAUGUGCAGAAUUAAUCCAUCUGAUGACAGAAAAUGGAUCAAAACAAGGGUUGACCAGAUUAAACAGUACCGUGAUCUUCAUCUUGCAAUGGAGUCUGCCCAAAUCAUCAUGGAUAUCAGGGAUGCAGUGUGUCCAGACGGAGACUUCAAAUUACUGGAGAAAUUGCUGCAAAUGAAUGAAGAAGACUUCAAGAAAAACAGCCUGAACUGUAUUGAUGAGAACUUCAUAAAAGCUAAAAAGAUGUUGAAUGACAUCACAAAUGAUCGCAAGGAAUGCCUUCAGGAAUUUCGUCAGAGCCUCAAGUUUGUCUCUUGGAUAAAGAAAGAACUUGAAGAUUUAAAUGAGCUGAAAGUUUUUGUUGACCUUGCAUCCAUCUAUGCUGGAGAAAAUGACAUGGAGGUGGAUCGUGUGGCCUGUUUUCACGAUGCUGUUCUUGGGUACUCAUCCAUGUUGUAUGGCCUAAAACAGAAUUCUGAUUUUGUGGCCUUCAAGGAGUCCUUGUCAAAACUGUGGAAGGCACUUGAGAAUGACAAAAAGAUACCAAUGAAGUUGCGGGAUACAGCAUGCCAUCUGGAAUGGUUAACGACUGUCAGGGAAAGUCAUGGAUCCGUUGAAUUUUCUUCUCUCUCCUUGGCUACAUCCAUCAAUGAAAGAGGAGUGUACAUCAUCAAAGCCCAAAAUGAGAAAAGGCUUACAGUGGAGAAUUGUCUGAUGCUACAAAUUCAGGACGGACAUGAGAGAAAUAUGACAUGCACCUAUGAGGACCUGAAAGAGUUGCAAAAUAAGCUUAUGCUCAUGUCUGGGAGAGGGGAACAAAGUCAGAGUGAAGUGGAAUGCUUUGCUGAGGUGUUCGACAAUGUCCAAAGACUUGCCAGAACAUUUGUUGACCUUUAUGAAGCAGGGAAUCCACUCUUUAAGUGUUGGGAGGCAAAGAUUUGUUGCAAAACUCAAACCAGCCCAUGUAUCACAAUGGAAAUCUACUUUUGUAAGACGCUGCAUAACAUCCAAAUAUGUGGAAAUCUGGUAGAACAACUUGCAGCAUUGUCCCAGAAGAUGGAGUUAUUUCUUAAAGACUGGCAAAACUUCAUUGACAAACAGAGAUCAGACUUCUACUACUUAAACUUUUUCACUGCAGAACAAAUAUUCUACCUGUGCAGUGUUUUGACUCGGAACAACGUUGAUGUAGAAAUGGAGGACAAAGCUUUGAUGAUGCUCUCUUUCAUAAAACCAAACUGCACAACAUCUGACGUCUGGAGAACAUGGAAGAAGUUUCUCGACCAAUUUGAACCCAGCAAAAGGAUGAAUGAUGAUAUUCCUUUCAAAAGUCACUUUCGCCACCCUGAAGAAAGUCACGUGUCCUCAGCCAACAUGAGUUCUUUAACAGCAGAUGAUCCAGCAGAUAAUGGAGUCCAGACUGCUGGUUUGAAAGAACUGGAAAAGUUGUGGAAUGACUACAUGGACAAUGAGGGAAUGUUUUUCCAUGAGCUUUUGGACAUUAGGAGUUUAGGGGGGCUGUUAAAAAAGAUGACUGCUGUAGAAGAUCAAAAUGAAAUCGAAUGGGAACAACCUGUGCUGUCAGAGACAAAAGACAGCUCACUCAGAAGAAGCCUUCCUAAAGGAUUUUCCUCAAACCAGCCAAAUCUCAUCAUCUGCCCAUGUGAUGAUGUCCUUACAGCAACUAUCUCUUUGUACAUGGUUAGUGAGUAUGAGCCACUGCCAAGCUAUGAUGAGGUUCUCUUGUGUUCCCCGGAAACAUCUCACGAGCAAGUAGAACUUUUCCUCAGGAGGUGUCUCACACCAGGUGACAUUGGCCAGAAGAUUUACACAAUGCUUUGGGCAGACCAGCUCACUUAUGACGUAAGCUGUGCAAUGGAGAAGUGCUUUCAGAAACUGCAUUCCCUGUUUAGACAUGAUUCCAGGCUGGUGAUCUUUUGCAGCUCUGAAAGGGAGCACACUUACAUUCCUACUGCAUUCAGUCAGUUUAAAAGAGAUGUUGUGCCUCAAGAGCCACUGGAAAGGAUCCAAAAGUACUUGUCCAGACAUUACACUGUGUCUUCAGAUCACAGGAAUGUUUUUUUCAAAGGUGACCAUUCUGUUGGAAUCGUUGCAUCCCAACGUGCAGGAGUAGGGAAGUCGUUGUAUGUCCAAAGACUGUAUGAAAAGCUGGAAGGAAGUGUUGAACAGGAAACUACAUUCAAGAAGUGCAUCCGACUGACUGAGCCUGAGAUUAAUGAACACAAGGUUCUCCAGUCGUUGUAUGACACACCAAAACAAAAAGAUCUCAAGGUGUUUCACUUUGAUGUUACGUCCUCGGUGCGAAAAGGCUUAAAUGAAUUCCUAUUCAAGCUAUUAUUUUUGCGAUACCUGAUGGAUUCAGAUGGGCAGAUGUGGCACUGCAGUUGCAAACACUUAUACAUUGUCGAGUUACUGGAACCUACAAAUGACCAGUCAAGAUAUGCGUCCAAAUCUGGGCGAAAGGAAAACUUUCCACUCUCUCACAUUUUUCCUAAGGUGAUUUGUCGCUCACCAAAGGAAGUAAUAGCUUUGGAAAUGGAGAGAGAGAAAAGUGCUGAUGAUGUGAGUGAAGACCCCCUCAUGGAUGACGAAUACUUCAGGAGUGAAGUUUAUCAAAGACCAUACCAGUACCUAACACGUUUUCACAACAAAAGCAAUCUUGACAAAUUCACUUACUCUGGCAUUGAAGGGACUCAUGCAGAGUGUCUUCAGAUACUCUUAAUCUACUGCGGCAUCAUUGAUCCAUCAUGGGCAGAACUGCGUAACUUUGUCUGGUUCCUUAAUCGUCAGUUGCAGGACUGUGAGUAUUCAGUUUUCUGCAAGUAUGAGUUUGUUGGAGACACUCUUCGAGGGUUCAAAAACUUUGUAGUUGAGUUUAUGAUCUUGAUGUCCAAAGACUUUGCAACCCCAUCACUAUGCAUCACUGACCAGAGCCCAGGGAGGCAACAAAUCGACAUCAGUGGCCUUAAUGAACAAGAUUUGGCUCCAUUCCUCAUCAGAAAAAGGUGGGAAUCUGAGCCUCAUCCAUACAUCUUUUUCAAUGAUGACCACAUGUCCAUGACAUUCAUUGGAUUUCACUUGGAGCGCAAUGACCAGAGGGGUGUGGAUGCCAUAAACCCAUUGACAGGAUCAGUGAUCAAGAGAAACAUCAUGUCUCAAGAGCUGUACACAGGCUUAAGACAUCAGAAAGUCCCUUUUAACAGGGACUUUGAUCAGCUUCCUCGAGCUGAGAAGAUUGAGCUGCUGUGCAGUGUGCUUGGCAUCAAGAAUCCAAAAGAUCCUGAUGAAACAUAUGAACUGACCACAGAUAAUAUUCUCAAAAUGAUGGCCAUCCAUAUGAGAUUUAGGUGUGGCAUUCCAGUCAUCAUAAUGGGUGAGACAGGAUGUGGAAAGACAAGGCUAAUGAAGUUCAUGUGUGAACUUAAAAGGGGUGAAGCACAAGCCGAAAAUAUUAAACUGGUCAAGGUUCAUGGAGGAACUACAUCAGAAAUGAUACAUGAGAAAGUGAGGGAAGCGGAAACUCUUGCAAGGACCAACAAAGAGAAUCAUGAACUUGAUUCAGUUCUUUUCUUUGAUGAGGCAAACACCACAGAUGCCAUCAGCAGCAUCAAAGAGAUCCUGUGUGAUAACACAGUGCAAGGAGAACAGCUUUGUCCUCAUACAGGACUACAGAUUGUUGCUGCAUGCAAUCCCUACAGGAAGCAUACAGAUGAGAUGAUUGAGAGGCUGGAGGCAUCUGGACUGGGUUACAGGGUCAGGGCUGAGGACACUGAGGACAGACUUGGCUCCAUUCCUCUCCGCCAGCUUGUCUAUCGUGUUCACGCAUUACCCCCCAGUAUGAUUCCUCUUGUUUGGGACUUUGGGCAGCUAAAUGACCCCAUUGAGCAAAUGUACAUCGAACAAAUAGUGCAAAGACAGACAAGGAUCAACUUAAUUAAAAAGAGUUAUAUUCGCACAAUAACUCAGGUGUUGUCAUCGUCACAGAAGUUCAUGAGGGACAAGAAAGAUGAAUGCAGCUUUGUCAGUUUGAGAGAUGUUGAACGUUGCAUGCAGGUGUUUGUGUGGUUCCACAAAAAACACCCAGUACUUGCAGAAGAACUAAAAACAUUCAUUGGGAAGCAAAGUCAGCGGGAAAGAAACAAAAUCAAGUUUUCACCUGCUAGUGACAGAGUUAUCUGGUCACUUUUGAUGGCUACUGGAGUGUGUUACCAGGCAUGCUUGGAGAUAAAAGGGCCAUAUCUGCAAACUAUCAGCCAGUUGCUCCCUGGAUACAGCAAAGAGAGAGUGCUUCAGGAAAUCCAACUCAUGCAGGACCUUCUACUCAGUGGUGUACCCAUGGGCAAGACAAUUGCUAGAAAUGAGGCUUUGAAAGAAAAUUUCUUCAUGAUGGUAAUCUGUGUGGAGCUUCGAAUUCCCUUGUUUAUUGUAGGGAAACCUGGGAGCUCAAAAUCACUGUCCAAAACCCUUGUUGCCCAUGCAAUGCAGGGCCCUGCCUCCCACUCUGAACUUUACAAGAGGCUAAAACAGAUACAUUUGGUGUCUUUCCAGUGCAGCCCUCAUUCAACCCCUGAAGGUAUCAUCAACACAUUCAAGCAAUGCGCUCGCUUUCAGGAGAACAAGAAGUUGGAUGAAUACAUUUCAGUCGUCGUUCUUGAUGAGAUUGGAUUGGCUGAAGAUUCCUCCAAAAUGCCGCUGAAAACACUCCACCCAUUACUGGAAGAAGGUUGUGUUGAUGAUAAGCCACAACCUCAUCAAAGGGUUGGGUUCAUUGGAAUUUCUAACUGGGCACUUGACCCUGCAAAGAUGAAUCGGGGAAUAUUUGUGUCCCGAGGGGAUCCAAACCUGGAAGAGCUCAUCAAAAGUGCUGAGGGGAUAUGUGCAUCUGAAAAAACAAUUCUGGACAAGAUCAAACACCUCUUUAAGCCCUUUGCAAAAGCCUACAUGACCAUAUGCCAAGAAGGGAAGGGGUUUUUUGGUCUGCGUGACUUUUACAGUCUCAUAAAAAUGGUAUUCUCUAUUACCAAACGCAGUAAUGAGAGACCCACUGCAGAUGAAAUCACUGGAGCAGUCCUCAGAAACUUCAGUGGAAAAGAUGGUGUGGAUGUGAUGGGCAUAUUUAGCAAAGAACUCACAGAUGACUUUGCCGAUGCUUGUAUUACCACCAGUGAUUUGGUCAAUCAAAUCAUCUCUCCAUCUUGCCAAGGUGAAGAAAGUCGUUACCUGUUGAUCCUCACGAAGAACUAUGCAGCACUUCAGAUACUCGAACAGAUUUUCUCAACUCACCAAAUCCAUCCAGAGAUUAUAUUUGGGUCCAGUUUCCCAAAGGAUCAGGAGUACACACAGAUUUGCAGGAACAUCAAUCGUGUCAAGGUUUGCAUGGAGACCGGACAGACAGUUGUGCUUCUCAAUCUUCAGAAUCUGUAUGAAAGUCUGUACGAUGCUCUCAACCAAUACUACGUGACCCUGGGAGGUCAAAAGUAUGUUGAUCUUGGAUUAGGAACCCAUCGUGUGAAAUGCAGAGUUCACAAAAACUUCAGGCUCAUUGUCAUUGAAGAGAAAGAGGUGGUGUAUGAGCAGUUCCCAAUCCCACUGAUCAACAGAUUGGAGAAACAUUACCUUGACAUCAACACUGUCCUUGGAGAUCAGCAGAAGGACAUUGUUAAACAGCUACAGAAAUGGGUUGAUGACUUUGUGGCCUCAAGUAUUCAACCCUACAUGAAGAAGCAGUAUGUUCCAAGUGAUGUUUUCAUUGGCUACCACGCAGACACAUGCUCCUCUGUGGUCCUUCAAGUAACAGAGAACCACAAUGAUGAAACAGAUGCCCAAACCAUUCUGGAUAAAGCCAAAGCUAUUUUGCUUAACUGUGCCACUCCAGACUCAGUCAUUCGUUUGGACAAAUCCAGGCUUCCAGUUGAGGAAAGAGAACAUCUGAUGACAGAAUACGUUAAAGAGCAGAUGCACAGUUCAUUAGGAGACUACAUCAUUUACCACAGAAAGCAGUUGGAACAGUCACACAUUUUCUUCACUGAGGUCACAACAUUUUCUAGGCUUCUGACUGCUGCAGACACACAAAAACUACAAAGUCAGAUAAAGCUUGAUGAUAUCCAUCUCCUGUCACUGCAGCAGUUUGACACAGAGUUCUCCUUUCUCAAGAAAAUCAGGGAAUGUCUUGGUCCAACACCUGCAGAAAAAGUGCUCAUCAUCCAAACAGACUAUGAGGGAGACUCCCACAAGAGGAAUGCAUUCUCUUCUGCAAAAUAUGCAUGUGUCAAUGAAAUAAAUAAGUUGGCCACUGCAGACAGCAUGAAGCCAUUUGUCUACUUUGUGACCAAACUACCCCGAAUCGAGGGUGGGACUUCAUAUGUCGGGUUUCAAGGAGGUCUCUGGAGAUCUGUGCACAUUGAUGAUCUCAGACGAUCCAAAGAAUUUGUGAUGAAUGUUGAUUCCUUGAAGAACCUUUGCAUGAGCGAGAUUUUUGAAGACCCACCAGACGCCAUGGAUACAGAAGACCAAGCCGGUGUCCUACAAAAUGAUGACUCCACUGCUUUGGAAAGUUUGUUUGACAUACCAAAUCUGCUGAGGAGCUGUGUACAGAGUGCAGUCAGCAUGCUAAGAGAUGCAGCAGACAAUGCUGAGCUCAGCACAAAGCGAGUGGAGAACCUGCUCACACUUCUGGAUGAAAGUCAGACACAGGGUGUGUUUACCAAAAUUGUGAGGAAGCGUAUCCACUCACUGUUAAAGGAUUACGAGGCCAACAUUCACAAUCCAAAAAGCUGGGUUCUGAGAGAAGCCUCUAAUGUCAGUGCUCUUCAAGAGGGAGGAACAUUCCUGCACACUCUGUGGAGGAAAAUGCAAGCAGUUGUCACUCCACUGCUAGCCAACUUGGUCUCUGUCAUUGACCGGGAUUGCAAUUUGGACCUUCUGUUGAAUGGAAGUGAUGACAUCAGAAACCUCUGGCUUGAGAUUUUUGGGAGCAAAGAAAUGCUUCAUGUACCCUAUGUAAGGGUGGAAAACAACUCCAGUGUGAUAAUGGUGCAAAGCCAUAUCACAGGCAGCGGCACCAUGAGCUGCUGCAUGCCCUUCAGCUGGUGGAUCAAAGACUUCCUGGAUGGGUUCAUGAUGCAAACAUCUAGACAUGAAAGUCAUUCGCCAGGUCAUAUCCUAGAGUUAUUCAUGAACACUCCACUUGGGGGGUUCAUGAAUGAAAAUGUCAAUGAAAAAAUGAAGAAAGAAUUCUUUGAAAGGUACCUACAGGAUUUUGUUUCCAUGACUUUCGACGUAGGAUCAGAAGAUGAACUACCGCUCAUGUGUCAGGCCCUGGCCAGCUGUGUUGAUGAGAUAAGACGACGGAAAAGAGAUGAGCAUGAGCUUUGUCUUCCUCUCAUCCACAUCGCCUACCGUGCCUACCAAAGUCGUCUUCAGAACCUCUCCAGGAUGUUAGCUCUUCAGCCUGAUGUUGUAACUCCUUUGAGAAGAAACACACACAUACGACACUGUCCUGAGAUGGUUUUGGAUGUGCAUACAGCUCAGGCCUGCAUUGAAUAUCUGGAGUCUCCCAAGCUUGAUACGGAUGCUCUCUGCCUGGACUGGCUGAAACAAGUGAAGAGGCUGCAGGCAUCUUUAGAGAUAAUUUGCUCCCCAGAUCAAGCCAAACUCUAUGGACAGAGAUGCAGAGAAAGAUUCCAUGAUGUCAGUAAAGGCUGGAAGCGCAUUCACACACUCUCAUUGUUUGCUGAACACAUGUUGCUGGGUUUCAGUGAUGAUGAGAAUCAACUCAGAUCGCUGGUCCAAAAACACUUUCAGACCUUAAGCAGGGUUCUGGAUAAAGACUCAGAUGUUAAAUCGAUAACUGCUUUUGAAGCUGUUAUUCAAGUACUGAAGUCCUGCAAGCAGGGAGCAAGUGACCAGAUUUUCCGGUUUGGACUUCAAUGUGGAGUGUGUGUGAGGGAGCCACAGGACCCGGUAGGAUUACCAUGCCAUCACAUCUACUGCUUAACAUGCAUCAGAGCAAGUCUGGAUGCAGGACAGGCAGCCUGUCCCACUUGCAGACAGGAGUUACCAAGUGACUUUCAACCACAUGUCUCAGAUGAAAUCAGGGUGUCUCUCAUCAGACAUUCAGAAUUCAGGCGGCGCUGCAACAGUUUCUUCAUUGAUUUGCUCUCCACUGUGUGCUUCAAGGACAACAGACCGCCAGCCAGAGCUGUCAUCAACCACUUGUUGUCCUACCUGAUGAUUGAGACAGAAAAUAGAGAGAUUCACACCAAAGAUUUGUCACCUUUUGAUGAGUCCCCUGAUAAAAAUCCAGUUGUGCGAUCUGUGAUCCUCAAGCUGCUGCUCAAGUUCAGCUUUGCUGAGGUCGAGGAAUACUUGCAGAAGCAUUUGUCAUCAGUGGAAGACAGCAGGUUUGUGGAUAAGGAGGAUAAAGCAGAGCUUUACGCCCUGUACAUCAACUGCUUGGAGGACUCCAUGUGGGAGAAAAUGCCUCAGGAAGGCAACAAAACUGAAGAGUUGGUGUCUUUUACAGACAAUGAAACUCAAUUCCUGCGCUUCUUUUUGGCCAAUGUUCCAUCUGUGCCAGAAACAGUGUCAGUCCAGUAUCUGAGAGACAUUGCAAGAAUGCGUCUGUGUCUCACCUUGGCUGCCCAACUCAUCAGUGACAGUCUGUCUGCAGAAGAGUUCCUGAAAAUGGUAUCUGAGUUCUGUGAGAAGAGUGGAAAUGAUUGGUACCGUGUUUACCUGAUCCGCAAGCUCAGUGAACGGCGGGGUGUUGAGUUUGUUCAGACACUGGUGAAACAAACAAACUUCAGCUGGCUUUUUCCUGCAGAGAUUCGGCAACAGAAUGAGGAUGGAGGCCAGCUGGACCAGUUCCUUGUGUAUGGAGAACAAUACAAAGCAGUGAGGGAUGCAGUUGCCAAGGCAGUAAUGGAUGGUGAUGUAGACCAAAUAGAAGAAAUCUGUGAGAGAUGCACUGUACCAUCAAGGAAACGAACAAUGUUCCUCCUCCUGGCACUUUUCCGAGAGGUUACAACUCUGUACAGGUCUGCAAAUACAGGUCUCCAUCCCACCCCAGAGAAUUGUCAAAAAUUUGGAGAGCUUAUCCAGGGCUCACGAUACCUGCCUCAAAGAGAAGUAAGAGACUUCGCGUCAGCCUUGGUUCACAACAGGUUGGGGGCCCUGUCCAUGAACCCUGAGCAUACUAUCACCGUCAACACUAUUGCUGAGCUGACUGUUCAUCUGGCAGCUGUGCUGCUCACUGGGACUCAGACCCUGCUGAUGCCACUCAAACAGUUCGGGCUGUCUCCUGAAAAUAUGCAGGGUGCAUUCAUACCCACAAUGCCUGAUGACAUGUUAGCUGUUGCUCGGACCGUAAUGCAACAAGAGGAAAGGUUCGCUGUCUUUGGGGAGCUCACUUGGUAUGUGUGUCCAAAUAAUCACCCCUGCGUUGUUGAUAGGUGUGGCAAGCCCAUGGAGAGAGGAAUAUGUCCAGAAUGUCGCCAAGAAGUUGGAGGGGAAAAUCACAGAGCUCUGCCUAACUUCAGACCAGCUCAGUUGCAGCAGGAUCAGACAAGGCCUGGCCACAUCCUAGGGGACCCUGAGCGGAGAAACAACCCAGACGCUCUGGACACCAAAAACAUGUCUCUGGCUCCCUUCACUCUGGUCAGACUGGUUACACAUUUGGCCAUGUUGCUGGGGGCCUCAGAGAAGUCCCAGUUUAUCCAGAACAUAAUUCAUCCACCAGUGGAGGAUUCAUUCCAGUUCCUCACUCUACACAUAUUAAAGGAUCUGGAACAGCUAUCUCAGACACUGGGUAGAGGUGCUGACGACACUGUGACAGCCAUCCACCUGGUGAUCCAGUCGCUGCAAGAGCUGGUGCAAGCUCAUCACUCUGAAUCUGAUCCUUACCUGGCAACCAAAGCAUCCAGAAACACCUGGGAGACGACUGUAGCUGGGGAUAUUAUGACACCUCGCUUAAGGGAUCUAGAUUUGCUCCUACAACAAUCAAAACAGAGGGUCAGAACAGACUCCCGUGUUUCCUCUAACUUCAUCAUGAGGACGGCUCUCAGUGAUGACUGCUCCUUCCUAUCAUCGCUGGCUCAGGGCUCUCAAGUGCACAGUUCGGCUGUGUGGAGCUGCAGAGAGAGGCUCUCAUUGCUCAGCCUCACACACAUUGUGGAGCAGCGUGACCAAAAGGAGGAGUUGCCUCUUCUGUGGAGGUUCCUUCAGAAGGAGGGAGAAUUUCGUCAGAUUAAGCAUCUUCCAGGCAUCCUUAUCCUGCAGAAAAACUUGGUGAGAAAGUUCCAGAAUGCAUCAGAUCAAAUAGUAGGCUCCAUCAGAGAUUUCAUCGAUAAGCAAACAGGUAUCAGAGCAUGGUAUGAGAAACACAUCGACACCUUCCUGAAAACAUGGAAUCUUCUCAGAGUGUCUGUAACAAGCAAUGAGCUGAAAAUACCAGAUGAAUUUUGCAGCGAGGAUUUGAGCCUGGACAGCGACCUGCAGUACCUCCUGCCUCGACGACAGGGUCCAGGACUGUGUGCUACAGGGCUGGUCAGCUAUUUGGUGUCUCUACAAAAUGAGCUGGUGCAUGCUGUGGAUACUCAGACUGGAGAGGACAACAGCAGUUACAGGGUGAGUUUGGCUGAGCUCACAGAGCAACAUGUCAUCCAUUACGAGGUGGACAAAGACCUGCUUCCUCUAGUUCUGUCCAACUGCCAGUACAGCUUGGAGCGGGGACGUGAGACAGUAUCACAGUAUGAUCUUCCGAGGAUCCAGCAGCAGAUUCUUACCCACUUCCUGCAGGGAAAACCACUCAUCACGCGCACAGGAAUCCCUACACUGGUCAACACACAAGAGAGAGACUAUGAAAUCAUUUUCAAAGAUGUUAAAGGAAAAGUGCCUCAGGACCCCCUGACCACUCUGACACGAAAUGCUGUGUCCAGAGAGCUGGAGUCCUACAGCGAGGUGUGUGAGGCGCUCAAGGUCGUGGAGCUGCUCCUGGGUUUCCUCUCAAUGACAGGGGGUGAUCCCAGGAUGCCACUGGUCAGUUACCUUCAGGACAUCCUGAAGAUGGCCGACAAUAUUGAUCGUCACAUAUUGCAGGCUCUGGGCAGAUGCAAUCUCAGACAUUGUGUUUGUCUGUGGCAACUCCUCUCCUCCCUUAAAUCUGAAAGCAUGCUGCGUCUCAAGAGGGAGCCCUUUUCAGGGUAUCCAGCUGAUUACCAGGUGCCGCUAACAGAGGAAAACAAGAUUGAGCUGCAAGGCUUCCUACAUGGGGGAAAUGUGGACCAAUGGCUGCUCGAGAUGCACGAGUUCCUCCUGUUAAAUCUGGGCCGUCUGAGGGCCACUGAAGAUUACAAACCAACAUGGGGUAUAAAGAUGACUGUGGCUGCCCACAUGGAUCGUAAAGAAGUGGAGGUGCCUCCUUACGUGGAGGACAGGUUUCCUGAUGAGCUGCUGCUGUCCCAGAUUGUGGAGACCUGGAAAUAUUUGGUCACAGUCAGGCAGGAGAUGAUGAUGGGGGGAUGAGCAGGAUGUUUUUGAGAGAGAAGAAUCUAUUUGGUAUUUUUUUUAAAAAAGCAAAGCCAGACAGUUUUAUUUGAGUUUGUCUUCAGUUAUUUUCUUUUUUUCCUGAUUAUGUAAGAAAGAUAAAGCAGUAAUUUCAGGGUUGUUUGUUUUUCACACAAUGACCAUUCCAUAAAUUUCAUUUCUUGAUUAUGCGGUUUGAAUUAUGCUGCUAUGGGCCAAUUACUCUGCAUUAGUAAUCACUGUAUAAACUGCUGUGUUGUCUUUACAUGAAGUUAAUAUCAGGAUGUACUCAGGAAACGUCUGAAGGAAUUUGACAAGUGAACACUUUCAUAUUAUGUUUUAAUUUUUCCUUUUCAUGGAAGUCUUUGAGUUAAUUUCGGUAUGAUCGAACAAAAUUUGAGUUUUUGUUAUGCAUUCAAGUUUUCUGAGAGUUAUCGAUUAGUGAUCCUUUUUAUUUGAGAUAUUUGAUUUGUCUGACUUGAUUGUUUUUCUCGCGUGAGUGAUCAAUUCUUGAGGAUUGUAGUAGGAAAUGACAGAGUAGAGAUUCACACAAGAAAGCAUUCAAGUUUCUGGAGAAAAAGCUGAAAAACUGUAUUAAAAAAAUGUGCAUCUUACACUGUUAAGUCUUUCGGUUUGUGAAUGAACCAGUUAUAUUUACUUGACCAAAGAAGAAAUAAUGUCUUCCAUGUUUCUGAUGUAUGUAAAAUUUUAAAAACCCUUGUGCCCUUUUACAGCUGAGCAUCUGCAAUCAGGAGAAAUGUUUUUUACUUGAUUAAGAGAGCUACUUUGGAAAUGCUUAUAUUUGUGUUUACUCCUCAGUAAAAAGUAAUAAACAGUCUGAACUGCUCAUGUUUCUGUUCAUAUCCCUCUACCGUAACAUGCAACAAGUAUUUGUUUUUUAGAUGUAUUGUCCACAUGUACCUUUGUUCUAUCAUUCCACCCAUUUUUGUUUUAUAUUUAAAACUCCUACGCUGAGAUGAGCUGUAAAGUAUUUGGUCCAAGGCCAAUAUGACUGUGAUAUGAGAAAACACCAUCCUUCCUUUUGAGCUCAGCCCCUCUCACCAAAACAGUUCUCAAUUUUACUUAAAUGAGGAGCUGACGGUGCCAUGGAAAAUAUUCUGGUGAAAUUUUAAAAAAAGCAAGAGAGCUAAAGAAAGUUAGAGUGGCCACCAUUAGUUAAAAAGAGAAAUAAAAUUACUUCCAAAAUUUGUGAUACAGUUCAAUCAACCUUUGUACGGUUCCAAUUCAUAACCGAAGUUAUCUGAAGAAACUACAACAGUUGUUGCUGCAUCUCAAAGCAACGCAACAAAUUAAUUUUAUCAUCUGAACAGGACAAAAUGGGA